AUGUCGCUGCAGCAGGACAGAGCUCCGGCUGCCUCCACCUUCUUCAGACCACAGUCCCACCAGUCCGGCUCCCAGUCCCACCAGUCUGGUCCUGGAGGCAUGAAGCUGGAGGCGGUCAUGGAGAGCCUGCAGCGGCAGCAGGCAGCACGGUUAGCCCUGGAGGAGCACCUCUGGACGGAGUCCGGGAUCCACCACCAGGGCGCGUGCUCCACUCCGGACCCUGCAGGGGGAGGCUCGCGCACUGGGGUCCCACUUCCUCCCCUGGAGGACGGAGGCAGCAGGCUCUCCAAAUCGGGGACUGAGGACAAGAACCGGUCUGAGGAGGGACAUAAGCUGGACGUGACUGAUGAUGAAGAGGACGAAGAUGAAGACAUCGGCUCGAACCGCGUCCAGCACCGUCAGUCCGGGCUCCGGGGAUCUGGUCCGCCCUCCCAGGACUCCACGGGGCAUUUCAUGGCCAGAGUCCCGGGGUCCAGAGUCCCGGGGUUUAGAGUCCCGGGGUUUAGAGUCCCGGAGUCCAGAGUCCAGGAGUCCAGAGUCCAGGAGUCCGUGGAGCCGGCGUCCUCCGAGUCUCCGUGUCAUCACGAGUGGACCUAUGAGGAGCAGUUCAAGCAGUUGUACGAACUGGAUGAUGAUGAAAAGCGCAAAGAGUUUCUUGAUGACCUUUUUAGUUUCAUGCAAAAACGGGGGACUCCAGUGAAUCGGAUUCCUAUCAUGGCAAAGCAGGUGUUGGAUCUCUACAUGCUCUACAAGCUCGUCACUGAAAAAGGUGGCUUAGUGGAAGUCAUCAAUAAAAAGAUAUGGCGUGAGAUUACCAAAGGCCUCAACCUCCCUACCUCUAUUACCAGUGCAGCUUUCACACUCCGAACACAGUAUAUGAAGUACCUUUAUCCAUAUGAAUGUGAAAAGCGCGGGCUAAGCUCCCCCGGUGAACUUCAGGCAGCUAUUGACAGCAACCGACGUGAAGGCCGGAGGCAGAACUAUGGUUCUGUCAUCUUCAACUAUUCUCCUACGGGCACACCAAACAUCCUGUCCUCCCCAAAGAUACAGUCCCACUUACAGAUGUUGACUCACAACAGCGGCCACUUUUCCCAGUCCCCUAUGAUCAAGAAAGAGGGCCCUGGGAUGGGCAGUUGUCUACCGAGUAGGACGGCUCUUCCUCUGUCACCUGGAGACCAUCAUCAGGCAACAGUGACCCAGUCAUCAGCUCUGGAGCACAUCAGACAAAAACUGGAAAUCAGUGAACCACCACAGAAGAUUAUGAUAAUUGCAGAAGAGCAGCAGAGGAUCAUGGAGCACACUUUGCAGAACCUCAGAACUAUGGCCUCCCAGCCACCUCUCAACAUCAAAGUCAACAACAAAGGUGACACUCUUCGAGAUGAUAGACAAGAGGCCACAUUGAACCUGUCUACCAACGGCAUUAGCAGCAUCAACAUGUCAAUAGAAAUAAAUGGAGUUGUCUACACAGGCAUCCUCUUUGCCCAACAGUCAGCAGUAGAUGGGAUGAUGGAACAUCGUGGAAAACAUAGCUACUGUAAGACUCAGGGGAAAAACACUGCAACGUAUUUCGAGCCUUCCUGUUCCUCCUUGGCGUCAUCUUUGUCUUCACUCCAUGGACACAAAAACUCCUUCCCAUGA